AUGAAGUUUUCAAGACUUGCUCUCCUCUUCGCUUUUUCUUUGGACCUCACCAGGGCUGACAAUACCACGCAAAAUACAAUAUGCCAUGAACUCGUAUUAAAGCUUCCAGAUCAGGUCUUCUUCCCAGACGCCCCCGUCUACAAUGCUUCAAUCUCAUCCUAUCCAUUCAUCCAGCUUCGUCUUCGCCCAAACUGCAUCGUUCGACCAAAAUCAGCGGAAAAUGUUUCAGUAGCACUUGGCGUGCUAGAAAAGAGUAACAACACGCGCUUUGCUGUGAAGGGCGGUGGCCAUAAUGCUAAUGCUGGCUUCAACAAUAUCGACAACGGUGUUACCAUCGACAUGCAAAGCAUGAAGGCCGUUGAAGUCGCACGAGGGGAUCAAGUCGUCCGAGUCGAAGCAGGUGCGCUGUCCCAAGAUGCGUACAAUGCAGCAGAGAAAAGAAACCUGACUGUUCUUGCUGGUCGCAUUGGUGUUGUGGGCACGGCUGGCUUUCUUACUGGAGGUGGUAUCUCGUUCUUCUCACCCCAGUUCGGCUGGGCGUGCGACUCGAUCCUAAACUUCAAGAUCGUCCUUGCAAGCGGGGAUAUUGUGAACGCCAAUGCAACAUCACGGCAGGAUCUCUUCGCAGCUCUCAAAGGCGGUCAGAAUAACUUCGGUCUAGUCACUCGCUUCGAUCUCAAAGCAUACCCAGCGACUCGUAUCUGGGGCGGCAGAAUUGUAUACGCACCAGCCGCAGCUACCGACUUUUUGACCGCUUUCACCAAUCUGAAGACCGCGGCAACAACUGACAAAUACGUUGCUGGCUGGGCUACUAUUCAGAUACAACCACUCCGUAGCGACGUUCAACCCAGUCGCGAUUUAUGUGCUGAAUUGACCUUUCAAGCUCUUCCAUCGCCUCCCAAGAACGGCUCAUCUCCCAACAGCUUAGGAUUUGCGCCCAACGAACGAACAGACGACAUGGUGUUCCUGCAGAUUGUGUUCACUUUCGACGGUGUGCAAGCGACUGAAAGCUUUAACAAGGGUCUGAAGGAAUUGAUUGCAGCCAUCGAGCAGCUCACCUAUGCGGAAGGUGUUUAUCAUCCAUACAAGUACCUCAAUUUUGCUGCUGGGUUCCAAGACCCAAUUGGUGGCUACGGAGCCGAACAAAAGAUGAAAUUGAAACAGGUGGCGCGAAAGUACGACCCCACUGGCAUGUUUCAAAGGCAAGUGCCUGGUGGGUUCAAGUUAUUCUGA